UACCAAAGCCUCUCUGACUCAACCCUUAGACAAUUCCCCACCCCGCAAUUGAGUUCCUCAAGCUAUAAAGCGGGCUGGAGAACACGAAUUCAACCUCUUCUCUCCUCUCCCUCAAUUCAAUCGCUCACAAUGCUCCGUCAAUUACGACCGCGAGCUUCGCUGUUCCAGCAACCCUCGAGGCUGAUAGCUGCUGCAGCAAGUCAGCAAUCGAGGUUAUAUAGUAUCAAGGCGACUGCGGCGUCAGAUGUGAAGGUGCAGGAUAUUGAUGCGUCGAAAUUGACUAUUACGAAGACGACGACACCGAAGGAGUUGCUGCCGUCAAAUGAAUUGGUGUUUGGAAGGACGUUCACUGACCACAUGCUCUCCCUCGAAUGGACCGCCUCGGACGGCUGGCUCCCCCCACGCAUAACACCCUACCAAAACCUCUCCCUCGACCCCGCCUCCUGCGUCUUCCACUACGCAUUCGAAUGCUUCGAAGGCAUGAAAGCCUACAAAGACAGCCAGGGACGCGUGCGACUCUUCCGUCCAACGCAAAACAUGGCACGCAUGAACAAAUCCUCCGCGCGCAUCGCCCUCCCGACCUUCGACUCCGCCGCAAUGAUCAACCUCAUCGCGAAGUUCGCCCAGCUAGAAGAGCGAUUCAUCCCCGACGCGAGAGGAUACUCGCUGUACUUGCGCCCGACUAUGAUUGGCACGCAGCGAACACUGGGCGUUGGACCACCCGGGAGUGCGCUCCUGUAUGUGAUUGCCAGCCCUGUGGGGCCGUACUACCCUACAGGAUUCAAGGCUGUCAGUUUAGAGGCGACGGAUUAUGCGGUUAGGGCGUGGCCUGGGGGUGUGGGUGAUAAGAAGCUGGGAGCGAACUAUGCGCCGUGUAUUGUGCCGCAAUUGGAGGCUGCGAAGAGGGGGUUUCAUCAGAAUUUGUGGCUGUUUGGUGAGGAGGAGUACGUUACUGAGGUGGGGACGAUGAAUAUGUUUGUGGCGGUUAAGAACAAGGAGACGGGACAGAAGGAGUUGCUUACUGCUCCUCUAGAUGGGACGAUUCUUGAGGGUGUGACGAGAGAUUCGGUGCUGAGUCUUGCGAGGGAGAAACUUGCUCCUGAGGGGUGGGUGAUCAGUGAGCGGAAAUACACAAUGCCUGAACUGGCUGAGGCAGCGAAGGAAGGUAGACUCCUCGAGGCGUUUGGAGCGGGCACGGCGGCGAUUGUGAGUCCAGUACGGAAUAUUAGCUGGAAAGGACAGUUGGUGGAAUGUGGGUUGAGGCCGGAGCAGGAGGCGGGCGAGAUUGCGUUGAGGAUGAAGGACUGGAUUGAGGCGAGGCAGUAUGGGGAUGAGGAGCAUGAGUGGAGUUAUGUUGUACCAAAAUAGAUGGGGUGGUCGUUCAAAGAAAAUAAACAAACGAAAAGCCUGGCGAGGUAGAUAAGAUAAGAUCUGAUAUGGCUUUUUGCUGAAAUGAAAUGAGAAUGCGGUGCGGCGAGCGUUGAUUUGCUUGGCUGGAGAUCUGUUCUAAGAUCCUUUUGAUGCAGUCCUGUCCUCUGAACCUUCCAUACAUAUCGAAACCUGGCAAGGGCGAGCCCCCCACCUCUUAAUUUUGGUAUGGAAACACUGGG